GAGCGCAAUGAGGAAGUGUCGCGUUUAUAAACAUAAACAUUAAUGCUGAGAGCAGUGAGAGGAGAGUGUGAACGAAUCCAUGAAGGUUACUGAACUGAUUCUGAUCCAGUCAAGAGCUGCAUGUGUGUGUCACAUCUGAUCGAUCGGAAUAUAUUGAUCAUUUAAUCUGUGGGACAAAACCAGGAAUCAUGUCGAAGAAAUCCAAGAUCUUUCUCAGUGGAGUGGUGGAGGGGUUUUAUGGAAGGCCGUGGACUAUGACCCAGAGGAAAGAGCUCUUCAGCAGGGAGCAGAAAUGGGGUUUGAACACGUAUCUGUACGCUCCAAAAGAUGAUUAUAAACACAGGAUGUACUGGAGAGAUCUGUAUUCACUGGAGGAAGCAGAUCAGCUCAUGACUCUCAUCUCUGCUGCUGAGGAGCAUCAUGUGGAGUUCAUCUACGCUCUCUCACCGGGGCUCGACAUCACAUUCUCAAACCCUAAAGAGGUGGCGGCACUCAAGAGGAAACUGAGUCAGGUGUGUGAGUUCGGCUGCCGUUCGUUCGCACUGCUGUUUGACGACAUUGAGACAGAAAUGUGUGCUGCUGAUAAAGAAGCUUUCAGCUCAUUCGCUGAGGCUCAAGUGUCUGUAACCAAUGAGGUUUUCCGACAUCUGGAGGAGCCCGAGAUCUUCCUCUUCUGCCCAACAGACUACUGUGCUGCGUUCUGCACCCCCAGUGUCCCGCUGUCUUCUUAUCUAAACACGGUCGGAGAGAAACUCAAUCCUGCCAUUGACAUUCUGUGGACAGGGCCGAAGGUGGUGUCUAACCACAUCAGUGUGGCGUCUAUCGAGGAGGUGUCGUCUGUCCUCAGAAGACCGCCUGUGAUCUGGGACAACAUCCACGCCAAUGACUACGACCCACAGAGAGUGUUCCUCGGUCCCUUCAAGAACCGUCCCACAGAGCUCAUCCCUAAACUCAGAGGGGUGCUCACUAAUCCCAACUGUGAAUUUGAGCCCAAUUUCGUUGCUGUUCACACGCUCGCCACCUGGUGCAAGUCAGUCUCUGGACAGAAAGAUGUUUCUAUGGAUGUUGAGGAUCAGGGCUCGGACUACAACCCCCAUGAAGCUUUGCAGCUGGCCCUCACAGAUUGGCUGGUUGAGUUUGGACAAGCUGAUCAACCUGACGGUUCUCGCUCCCGCGGCAGUCGCUCGACACGUGAUGCGUCUGAAGAGGAGCCGAUGCAGACAGACGGGUAUGUGCCGGGACCCAAAGAUAACCCUCUGUACACGGCCGAACCGCUGACCCUGAGUGACCUCACGCUGCUGUCAGAGCUGUUUUACCUGCCGUAUGAACACGGGCCGACUGCGCUCAGAAUGCUGCAGGAACUGCACUGGCUGCGCAGUAACAGUGAUGCUGCAACAUUCAGUACCACGGCAACGGAAUCUGAAAAGGUUCGAGAAUGGCGACAGCGAGCUGAAAGGUUUGACGACAUGUGCGGAGCCGUUGUCCGGAUGUUCAACAGACUGUCAAACGCACCCAACAGAAUCAUUCUCUAUGAUCUCUACGAUUACAUCUGUGACAUCAAGAGUGGAGUGACGAUGGCUCGAGCCUUCAUCAAAACACUCGGUGGUCUGACCCCUCACCCUGCCAUGAUCAUAAACGAUGACCCGGAGCCUUGGGGCUUCAGAGGAGGACUGUCUGGAGAAUUCCAGAGGAUGUUGCCGUGUCAUGGUAACCGAGAUCUGUUCCGUAGCCCACCUGCCACACGCGUGUACACCAUCCGCCCGUACACGCCUAAAGAUCAGUCGGAGGUGUUGAAGUUGUUUAAUGAGAUGCAGAGUGAAUCACAACAAAAGGUUGAGUUGGUUGGUGACAGGCUGGUGGAGGGUCGCGUCACCCCGUCCCAGAACUGCAGUGUGAUUCUAGAGGAUGUGUCAGGGGUUUGUGGAUACGUGUUCGCCCUCACGGAUGCUAAAACUGCCGUGACUGAAGCUCAGUAUCCAAAGACAGUGUUGCAGGAUUACCCAUCAGUCAUUGCCAUUCAGAUCCGUCCCAAUGUUCCUGACCCGACUGCAGUCAAGCGUCUGAUUGCACAUGUGAUGUCAUCGCUGAGAGACAGUGGUUCUUCUGGAGUUUUCUGUGAGUUCAGAUGUAAUGACAGAAGAAUGCUGGACUUCCUCAAAACACUGAACUUAUUCCAGGUGCUCCAAGUCCACGGGCUUCCGACAGACCUGGUCAUCAUGGCAACUAAACUGUGACGUCACGAUUAAAGCUAAAGGACAAUCAGUCCACAUUAAACUGCUGAUGAUUAAACACAAUCACUCAUUUAAAGUCAAUCAGUUCGUUCAGGCUGUGAUUGUAAGAAAGUAGAAAUGGCUGAUUUAGUUGUUACACGUUUAGAAAAUCAGUAUUUAACACAAAACAUCUGAAAUAAAACAACUGAAUAUUAAAUCUUUAUUGGCAUAUUCAUUUGAAUAUAUUUCUCACUAUAAAGUCUAAUCUUUAAAUUAAUUCCAUAUAAACAUGUCCAGUGCAGUUCACACACUAUAAAAAAUUAAGGGUGCGUUCAAUACUCUUCAAUCCCGCGCAUUAAACUGAUGACAUCAUAAACAGAAAAUUGCAUUUUCAAUGAAAAUAAAUAAACAUGUUUAGAGGUGCUGUUGUUUUUAAUAAAGGCAAAUAAAUGUUUUUAAAUGAACACAAUAUUCUGUUUGUAAGAGACGUCCUGUUAUUGUGUCAGUCCUCGGAGGUUUUGCACCACGUUGCAUUUCACUUUGUGACGUCCAUCUGCAGAGAAUGCACAAACAACAGGGAAAAUAUCCUGACCACUACUUCAAUCUAUUUUACAUGAGUGCAUGUUCUGUCAUUUCACAAUGGCAUCAUGGGUAACAGGUUACAGCGAUGACCUCCACAGAUAACAGAGUUUCUACUCAAUGUGACAAAUUCAUUUCCAUGACUUUGUAAAUAUGAAGUUGCACAUAUAUAUAUACAGUAAAUAUUUAUUUAUUUGUCAAAAUUCAUUGCACUCACAAAGAGCAAUA